AUGACUCCAUUAAAAUUUAUUUAUUUUCCUUUCGUUAUUGGAAUAGUUCUGAUACCUGACGAAAUUUAUGGAAAACGGCCUAAUAAAAUAGUUAAUGGUACCGAUGCAGCGAUAACUGAAUUCCCCGGGGUGGUUUCUAUUCAAAAUUGGGGAUAUCAUUUUUGCGGCGGCGUUUUAAUAACAAAACGUCACGUUUUGACAGCAGCGCAUUGUUUGACAAAUGUUGAUGGCACAUCGAAAUUAGUGCGAUUGCUGGACAAAGAUGCAUUUACAGUAGCAACUGGAAGUAGUAAUUGUCAAAAACCUCAGCAUGUUUACAAUAUAGAAAAAUUUGAUAUUUAUCCACACUACACCGUACGACCACCUCAAGUUUAUAAUGACAUUGGUAUCAUAACACUGGCAGAAGAAAUUAUUGUUGAUGAAAAACAACGACCUAUGAGACUGUCAACUUCAUACUGUGGUGCUGGUCAGUUUGCCACAGUAGUUGGAUGGGGAUAUUUACAUGAUGGAGGUGGCACUACAGCCAAAUUACAAAAGGCUCCUGUAAUUACUUUGAGUAACCCAGAAUGCAUACGAAGACUUCCUUACCCGAUUGGACAACACCAAAUUUGUGGAUUUUAUAAAAACGGAGUAGGUUUUUGUGAUGGUGACAGCGGCGGCCCUUUGAUCCACAAUGGAGUAGUAAUUGGCGUCGUUUCAAUGGGAUACGCCUGCGGCGCGGGUCUUCCGGAUAUUUAUACGCGAGUGCAUUCAUACUUACCUUGGAUUUAUAGGACAGUUUUUAAAUUUAAAAGAUAA